GGAGGGCAGCACGCAGGCGCGGGGCUGAUGGCGGAGGGGUCUGGUGGCGCGCCCGCCUAAGGCAGGAACAGCAUCCGCCGCCAUCUGCCUCCAUCCGUUUCCAUCCACCCGGCUCUGGAGCUACCAUAAGGUGGAAGCAAACCUGUGGCCAUCAUGUUCCUCUACAACCUGACCCUGCAGCGUGCCACUGGCAUAAGCUAUGCUAUCCAUGGCAACUUCUCAGGCACCAAGCAGCAGGAGAUCGUCGUCUCCCGCGGCAAGAUCCUGGAGCUGCUGCGGCCGGAUCCCAACACGGGGAAGGUGCACACCCUGCUGACGGUGGAGGUGUUCGGCGUCAUCCGCUCCCUGAUGGCCUUCCGCCUGACGGGCGGCACCAAGGACUACAUCGUGGUGGGCAGCGACUCGGGCCGCAUCGUCAUCCUGGAGUACCAGCCCUCCAAGAACGUCUUCGAGAAGAUCCACCAGGAGACCUUCGGCAAGAGCGGCUGCCGCCGGAUCGUCCCGGGCCAGUACCUGGCUGUGGACCCCAAGGGCCGCGCCGUCAUGAUCAGUGCCAUUGAAAAGCAGAAGCUGGUGUACAUCCUCAACAGGGAUGCUGCUGCUCGCCUCACCAUUUCCUCCCCACUGGAAGCCCACAAGGCCAACACCUUGGUUUACCACGUGGUGGGAGUUGAUGUGGGAUUUGAAAACCCAAUGUUUGCUUGUCUGGAGAUGGAUUAUGAGGAAGCAGACAAUGAUCCAACAGGAGAAGCAGCAGCCAACACACAGCAGACUUUGACUUUUUAUGAGCUGGACCUGGGCUUGAACCAUGUUGUUAGGAAGUACAGUGAGCCCUUGGAAGAGCAUGGCAACUUCCUUAUAACAGUUCCUGGUGGUUCUGAUGGACCUAGUGGGGUGCUGAUCUGUUCUGAGAACUACAUUACUUACAAGAACUUUGGUGACCAGCCUGACAUCAGAUGCCCCAUUCCCAGGAGAAGGAAUGACUUGGAUGACCCAGAGAGAGGAAUGAUUUUUGUCUGCUCUGCCACACACAAGACCAAGUCCAUGUUCUUCUUCCUGGCCCAGACAGAGCAGGGAGACAUCUUCAAAAUCACUCUGGAGACUGAUGAGGACAUGGUGACAGAGAUUCGACUGAAGUACUUUGACACUGUUCCUGUGGCUGCUGCCAUGUGUGUGCUGAAGACAGGCUUUCUCUUUGUGGCAUCUGAGUUUGGAAACCAUUACCUGUACCAGAUAGCUCACCUGGGGGAUGAUGAUGAGGAGCCAGAGUUCUCUUCUGCCAUGCCUCUGGAGGAAGGAGAUACAUUCUUCUUCCAGCCACGACCUCUGAAGAACCUGGUGCUGGUGGAUGAGUUGGACAGCUUAUCUCCCAUUCUGUGCUGUCAGAUUGCUGAUCUGGCCAAUGAAGACACACCCCAGCUCUACGUGGCUUGUGGGCGGGGGCCACGGUCGUCCCUGAGGGUUCUAAGGCAUGGACUGGAGGUCUCUGAAAUGGCUGUCUCAGAGCUGCCCGGGAACCCCAACGCUGUAUGGACUGUCAGGAGACACGUUGAAGAUGAAUUCGAUGCCUAUAUCAUCGUGUCCUUCGUCAACGCCACGCUGGUGCUGUCCAUUGGAGAGACUGUGGAAGAAGUGACUGACUCUGGGUUCCUGGGUACAACACCUACCUUGUCCUGCUCCCUUCUUGGGGAUGAUGCUUUGGUACAGGUCUAUCCGGAUGGGAUCCGGCACAUCCGAGCGGAUAAGAGAGUCAACGAGUGGAAGACACCAGGGAAGAAAACCAUUGUGAAGUGUGCUGUGAACCAGAGACAGGUGGUGAUAGCACUGACUGGAGGAGAGCUGGUUUACUUUGAGAUGGACCCGUCAGGGCAGCUCAAUGAGUACACAGAGAGGAAGGAGAUGUCAGCUGACGUGGUGUGCAUGAGCCUGGCCAACGUGCCCCCCGGGGAGCAGCGCUCUCGCUUCCUCGCUGUGGGGCUGGUGGACAACACGGUCAGGAUCAUCUCCCUCGACCCUUCGGACUGCCUGCAGCCCCUGAGCAUGCAGGCCCUGCCUGCCCAGCCCGAGUCGCUCUGCAUCGUGGAGAUGGGAGGCACGGAGAAGCAGGAUGAGCUGGGGGAGAGAGGCUCCAUUGGCUUCCUCUAUCUGAACAUUGGCCUGCAGAACGGUGUCCUGCUGCGGACCGUCCUGGACCCUGUGACGGGCGACCUGUCGGACACCAGGACCAGGUACCUCGGCUCGCGGCCCGUCAAGCUCUUCCGCGUCCGCAUGCAAGGCCAGGAGGCGGUGCUGGCCAUGUCGAGCCGAUCCUGGCUCAGUUACUCCUACCAGUCCCGCUUCCACCUGACCCCCCUCUCUUAUGAGACCCUGGAGUUUGCAUCUGGCUUUGCUUCUGAGCAGUGCCCAGAAGGCAUUGUAGCCAUCUCCACAAACACACUGAGGAUUUUGGCUCUGGAGAAGCUGGGGGCAGUCUUCAACCAGGUUGCCUUCCCCUUGCAGUACACACCCCGAAAGUUUGUCAUUCACCCAGAGAGCAACAACCUGAUCAUCAUUGAGACAGACCACAAUGCCUACACUGAGGCCACCAAGGCCCAGAGGAAGCAGCAGAUGGCUGAGGAAAUGGUGGAGGCUGCAGGUGAAGAUGAGAGGGAGCUGGCUGCUGAGAUGGCUGCAGCCUUCCUGAAUGAGAACCUCCCAGAGUCCAUCUUCGGUGCUCCCAAGGCAGGGAAUGGCCAAUGGGCUUCUGUCAUCAGGGUGAUGAACCCCAUCCAGGGAAACACCUUGGAUCUGGUCCAGCUAGAGCAGAAUGAGGCUGCCUUCAGCGUGGCCGUGUGCCGCUUCUCCAACACCGGGGACGAGUGGUACGUGCUGGUGGGGGUGGCCAAGGACCUGAUCCUCAACCCUCGCUCCGUUGCUGGGGGGUUUGUCUACACCUACAAGCUGGUGAAUAGUGGGGAGAAGCUGGAGUUCCUGCACAAGACCCCUGUGGAGGAGGUUCCUGCAGCCAUUGCUCCCUUCCAAGGCAGAGUCUUGAUUGGAGUUGGGAAGCUCCUGCGUGUGUACGACCUGGGCAAGAAGAAACUGCUCCGCAAGUGUGAGAAUAAGCACAUUGCCAACUACAUCUGUGGGAUCCAAACCAUUGGGCACAGGGUGAUCGUUUCAGACGUGCAGGAGAGCUUCAUCUGGGUGCGCUACAAGAGGAACGAGAACCAGCUGAUCAUCUUCGCCGACGACACCUACCCGCGCUGGGUCACCACCGCCACCCUCCUCGACUACGACACCGUGGCUGGGGCAGACAAGUUUGGCAACAUCUGUGUGGUGAGAUUGCCUCCCAACACCAACGAUGAGGUUGAUGAGGAUCCCACAGGCAACAAAGCACUCUGGGACAGGGGCCUGCUUAAUGGAGCAUCACAGAAGCCGCAGCCCCGGGCUGGCCCCGCCGCGUUCCCCGGCAACCGCCGCUUCCGCCGGCGGGCGGGGGGGCCGCGGACGGGGCGGGCCCUGGGAACGGUCCCGGAGCUCAGCCCCGGGCCGAGGGGCGAUGCCCGGAGCGGGGCCGGGAACGGGGCCGGGGAACGGUCCCGAAGCUCAGCCCCGGGCCGAGGGGCGAUGCCCGGAGCGGGGCCGGGGAACGGGGCCGAAGCUCAGCCCCGGGCCGAGGGGCGAUGCCCGGAGCGGGGCCGGGAACGGGGCCGGGGAACGGUCCCGGAGCUCAGCCCCGGGCCGAGGGGCGAUGCCCGGAGCGGGGCCGGGGAAUGGUUCCGGAGCUCAGCCCCGGACCGAGGGGCGAUGUCCGGAGCGGGGCCGGGGAACGGGGCCGGGGAACGGUCCCGAAGCUCAGCCCCGGGCCGAGGGGCGAUACCCGGAGCGGGACCGGGAACGGGGCCGGGGACGAUGCCAGCAGCGAGGCUGGGGCACGGGGCCGGGGAAUGGUUCCGGAGCUCAGCCCCGGUGCCAAGGGGCAAUGCCCGGAGCGGGGACAGGGAACGGGGCCGGGGGCGAUGCAAGCAGGGGGCUGGGGCACGGGGCCGGGGAAUGGUUCCGGAGCUCAGCCCCGGGCCGAGGGGCGAUGCCCGGAGCGGGACCAGAGAACGGGGCCGGGGGCGAUGCAAGCAGCGGGGCUGGGGCACGGGGCCGGGGAAUGGUCCCGAAGCUCAGCCCCGGGCCGAGGGGCGAUGUCCGCAGGCGGGCAGUGCAGCCCCGGCUCGGAUUCGCUCCCCAGCGAAGGUUCAUCUCGGCUCUGCCCUCAGCAUCCUCUUUUCCCCGGGGAUUUCUCGGGGGCAUCCUGCCAGACAGGGCCUGGGGAAGGAGCGAGCUGGGGGGCAGAGAGCUCCCGAGUGGACCCCAGCCCUUCGUGGGAGCAUGAAAGCCUACCCGUGGAGCCUGUCUCUGCUUGUGUGCCAGGGGACAUCCCCUGGGCCCUCUCCGCGUUCCACAGCUCCCUCCUCAGGCCGGGUCCCGGCACCGGGGGGCCGGUUGCCGGCGCCUGCCCCCCGCCCGGCAGUUAACCGUCGCCGGGAGUCUGCCGCCCAACCGCCGGCGGCGGCGGCGGAGCAGAGCCCCGGGGCGGCUCGGAGCGCAGAGUGGUCUCAGGAUGGGCAAAGUGUCCUGCUCGACGCGGAGCUGUACGAGGAGGAGGUGAGGGAGCUGCGGGAGCCGCUCCCGGAGCUGGCCGGGCUCGGCUGUGCCGCGGAGCUGCAGGGCUGGCUGCUGGCCAACGGCUUCCAGCUGGAGGGGACGAGCCGCUGCCCAGCCCAGCCUGGGUGCCCGGCCGGCGUGGCCCAGGCAGAAGCAGCGAGGUGCCAGCGAGCCCCCGGGGUGCCAGCGAGCCCCCGAGGUGCCAGCAGUCCCCCGAGGUGCCAGCGAGCCCCCGAGGUGCCAGCAAGCCCCCGAGGUGCCAGCAGUCCCCCAAGGUGCCAGCAAGCCCCCGAGGUGCCAGCAAUCCCCCGAGGUGCCAGCGUGUCCCCUAGGUACCAGCAGUCCCCCGAGGUGCCAGCAGGCCCCCGAGGUGCCAGCGUGUCCCCGAGGUGCCAGCGAGCCCCCGAGGUGCCAGCAAUCCCCCGAGGUGCCAGCAGUCCCCCGAGGUGCCAGCAGUCUCCCGAGAUGCCAGCAAGCCCCCUAGGUGCCAGCGAGUCCCCGAGGUGCCAGCGAGCCCCCAGGUGCCGGCGAGCCCCAGGCACAGCUGUGGCACAGGACGGGCACAGAGGAGGCCGCAGCUCCUGCGCCGGGGCAGGGAGCACCCCCGGGGAGGCUCCGCGGGGCUGCGGCUCCCCCCGCAGGCAGCCCCGGAGCCGGCCGUGCCCUGCAGCCGCUCUCUGCCCCGCAGCGUCACCUCCCCAGCGCUCCGCUUCCAGCCUCCUGCCUUCCUGA